UCCAUGGCUAAAAUGAACAUUAUUAUUCUCAUUACAAUCUAUCUUAUGUCCUUGAUUUUCACGGCGGGUUCAACUCCGCCGGAAGAUCCCAUCAAAUGCACCAUUAACAACACCAUGAACUGCACAAUCACCAACUCCUACGGCGCCUUCCCGGACCGCCGCGUCUGCCGCGCCGCCGAGGCCGCGUACCCGAAAACCGAGGCGGAACUCGUGUCCAUAAUCGCCGCCGCGACCAAGCAGACGCGGAGAAUGAAAGCCGCGACUCGGUUCGCGCACAGCAUCCCCAAGCUGUCGUGCCCGGAGGGGGACGGCGGCCUGCUCAUAAGCACCAAGUAUCUUAACCGGACGUUGGCGGUGGACGCUGCCGGCAUGACGAUGACGGUGGAGAGCGGAGUGAGUCUCCGGCAGGUGAUUGAGGAGGCGGCGAAAGCGGGGCUGGCGCUGCCUUACGCGCCGUACUGGUGGGGGUUGACGGUAGGUGGGCUUAUGGGUACGGGCGCGCAUGGGAGCAGUUUGUGGGGAGUUGGGAGCUCCGUGCAUGAUCAUGUGAUUCGCAUCCGGAUUGUCACGCCGGCCACCGAGAAAGAGGGAUACGCCACCAUUCGAACACUUGAACAGGGUGACUCCGACAUUAAAGCAGCCAGGGUUUCUCUUGGAGUCCUUGGAGUUAUUUCGCAGGUUACUUUCAAACUAGAGCCACUGUUCAAAAGGUCCAUAUCUUUUGUGGAGAAGAAUGAUUCAGACUUGGGGGAUGAAGCACUUAGAUUUGGAUUCCAACAUGAAUUUGCAGAUAUCAAAUGGUUUCCCAGCCAACGCAAAGUUCUGUAUCGCGUUGAUGAUCGCGUCUCUACCAACGCCUCAGGCGACGGCCUUUUUGAUUUCAUUGGGUUUCGAGCCAGGACAUCGCUUUUACUCGCAGUUAUAAGGAGUACAGAGGAAGCUCAGGAAUUAAUUGGUGAUGCCAAUGGGAAAUGUGCAAGUGAAGUUGUGACAACUACCGCCACGAAGGUAGCAGCAUAUGGACUCACAAACAACGGUAUUAUCUUUACUGGGUACCCGGUUAUCGGAUACCAAAACCGCAUGCAAUCCUCUGGUAGUUGCUUGAACAGUCUCGAGGAUGGACUAAUAACAGCCUGCCCAUGGGACCCAAGAGUGAAAGGAUUAUUUUUCCACCAAACAACAUUCAGCAUCAGCCUAACCAAGGUGAAGAGUUUCAUAGAAGACGUGCAAAAGCUUGUAAAUUUGGAGCCCAAAUCCCUCUGCGUUCUAGGCCUCUACGAUGGCAUCCUCAUGAGAUACGUCAAAGCCUCCACAGCCUACCUGGGCAAACAAGAAGACUCCAUAGACUUUGACAUCACAUACUACCGAAGCAAAGACCCUUUGGCUCCCAGGCUCUACGAAGACAUUCUUGAAGAGAUAGAGCAGAUGGCAGUGUUCAAAUAUGGGGCGUUGCCGCACUGGGGAAAGAACAGAAAUGUGGCCUUUCAAGGGGUGAUUGGCAAGUAUAAAAGUGCUGGGGAGUUCUUGAAGGUUAAGCAAAAGUUUGAUCCUUUGGGGCUGUUUUCUAGUGAAUGGAGUGACCAAAUUCUGGGGCUCAAAACGGGGAUUAGCAUUGUGAAGGAUGGGUGUGGGUUGGAAGGGUUGUGCAUUUGCUCACAAGAUGCUCAUUGUGCUCCAAACAAAGGGUAUUUUUGUAGAGCAGGAAAAGUCUACAAAGAUGCAAAGGUCUGUGUGAAGAUUAAUUAGCAACAACGUAAUAACGUAACUAGCGAUAGCUAACUACAUAUAUGUUAGUUAUACAUCCAUUAUCACUUGAUAACAUCAUAAUUUAUUAUGUGUAUCUAUAUAGUAACAGAAGUGGUGAUUAAGCUUUCCGGUCAUUUCUAUAUAAAUACGAUGUAUUAUAUGUUA